AUGGAAGGGACACGAGUCUUCAUCGGGUCUGUUAUCCACUCACGCUCCCUGAAUUACCUGGAAAUCAUCGAUGACGCGCUUGUCGUUGUACGCGAUGGACGUAUCAUCACGUUAGACAAAGCAGACCGCGAACAGGAGAUACUACAAUCACCAGAAGCUAUCAACUGCGAGAUCCAUCGACUUCCACAUGGAGACUUCCUCAUUCCAGGUUUCAUCGACACUCAUAACCACGCUCCACAAUGGAUGCAGCGAGGCCUUGGUCAAGGUAUGCAUAUCCUUGACUGGCUCGAUAAAAUCACCUUUCCGAACGAAGCCAAGUUUGAAGACCCAGCUUAUGCACAGCGAGUCUACGCCUCAUGUGUUGCUGGUUUCCUUCGCCAGGGAAUCACUACUGCUAGUUACUACAGUUCUCGCCAUGCACCGGCGACCAAGAUACUUGCAGAUGAAUGCCUACGCCAAGGUCAAAGAGCUUUAAUCGGCAAAUGCAACAUGAACCGCAAUGCACCAGACUAUUACCGUGACGAGUCUGUUGAAGCUUCUGUCCAAGAGACGGAAGACUGCAUCGCUCACGUACAAUCCAUCGACCCCACUGGCGAAUUGGUCCGCUACGUCGUCACUCCUAGAUUCGCUAUCACUUGCGAUGACGAAUUGCUAUCUCUUCUAGGCUCCAUUGCAAAACGGGACAACUUAUCCAUACAAACUCACUUCAAUGAAGCAAAACAGGAGAUGAAAGCAACUUCCCAGCUUUUCCCUGCUUUCAAGUGCGAAGCUGAUCUGUACGAACACUUUGGCCUUCUCAAUGAUCGCUCUAUCAUGGCACAUUGCUGCUUCAUGAGUGAUUAUGAGCUUGAAAAAUUUGCAGCUCUCGAUGUUGGUGUCGCACAUUGUCCCAUCGCAAACAUGACGGUGGGAGGUGGCUUCAUGACAGCGCCUAUACGUGCCUUUCUGGACAAAGGCAUCAAAGUUGGACUGGGCACUGAUAGUGGUGGUGGAUUUUCGUCCAGUAUCCUAGAUGCUAUGCGACAAGCUCUCAUUGCUUCGAAUGCUCGAGAGGUGGCCACAAAAGGCACCGACGAGGGACUUUCGCUCGAGGAACUGUUCUACAUGGCUACCUUGGGCGGGGCAAGGGUAUGCAGAUUCGAUCACAAAGUCGGAAAUUUUGAAAUUGGCAAGGAGUUUGAUGCGCUGUGGGUCUCGGGCAAUGUCUCAGGCGUCAUGGCGCCAUGUGAGUCCGAAGACAGCACACGUACAGUGUUCGAGAAAUUUCUUAUGACUGGCGACGACCGAAACAUUCAGAAGGUAUACGUUCGAGGUGUGCAAAUCAAAUAG